CCCCGCCCGCUGCUGGGCGUGUGCCGGGGGGCGGGCCCGCUCCGCCCCGGAGGCGGGGCCGGGCGCCCCAUCCCGCCCUAAGGCCGCCGGGUGUCCCGCAGGAGCCGCCGCAGGUCCUGUGUCCCGCAGGAGCAUCCCUGCUCGCCCAGCCGAGCCUGUAAGAUGGAUACAAUAACUUCCUCAAGGAGAAACACGGGAGGGGUCAGUGUCCGAAGAACAGAAUCACACGAUAUUCUGGACAUCAUCAGCCUCUUCAGCACUGGUACAGAAGGUGUCUUUGGAAGGGUUGAUGUCAUGUUCCUUUUAGAAAAAUCAAAUCUUGCUUUGACCCUCUGCAAUGAGAAGAAUGAGGUUAUAGCCCAUGCUGCCUUUCUGGACUAUCCAAAUUGGAAUAUCACUGAUCAGGCUAACUGGGAACCAUUCCUGCAUAAAAACUACACUAACCAUAAGUGCACUCCCUUGAACACACUGUUCAUGCAUCUCUUUGUGGCCAAGGAAGGACACGCAGCUGGCUGUUCCCGGGAAACUGUGAGGAGAGCUUUCAUCUUACUACCAGAACUGCAGUUUAUACUUCUCUUCAUACCAGCUGAGGAAAAUUUAGAGCCAGGCCUGAGGGGUGUCUUUGCAGUGAUGCCGCCUGCUGUAGGAUCAGCCGUGGGUAAGAAGUUCACCCUGCUCGUGUGCCCCCGGCACCGGUGUCACCCCCGGCUGCACGUGCGCCAGGCCAGGCUGGAAGAUUAUGAUGAUCUCAUGCCAAUCUGGACACCCCAAAGUAAGACUCUGAGAAAAACCUUUGGUGAACAUCUCCUUGUUGAUCUCAUGGAACAUCAAGAUGAAGAAAAUAAGGCAGCUGUUUGUGAGGUUGAUGGCACUGCAGUAGGAUUCAUGAGCUUAUGUUCUCAAGUGAAUGUUUCCUUGUUUCAAGAGUGUUUUGACUUAGGACCUUUCCAUGGACUCUGUAAACAACAUGCUGAAGAUGUUCUCCGAGUGCCACGGAAGCCAAGUGUUCAAGAAGGUGAAGAUGAAAGCAACCAAACAAAUCAAAAACCAGCACCUGUUUCACGUGGGGACUUGGAACGUGUUCCUGGUCCAGAUGCAGCUGUGCAGGAAGACGAGGCUACCACUGUUUCCCAGACUGAGCUGCCAUUGGAUGAUGGCAGCACCAGAGAUUUGAAAGCCUCAGAGACACGUCCCUUUGAAACUGAGGAGGAAGGAGCUUUUUGUCCAGUGUACAGAGGAGCUUCCAAUGCCUUCUGUAUCCGUCUGUUAUGUAUUGAUGAGGCCUAUGAAACCAGGUCACUGGAUUUUUUGCAUUAUGCUUUUGAGGUUUUCCCAGACAGAGACUUCUGUGUCAUCCUGGUGCCACAUCACGUGCUGGAGUUCCCCCUGCUGCAGAGUUUUGCUCGAGCUGUCCCUUUCUGUACGUCCAGCCUGGGCCGUGAGCUGUACGUGUUGCACCGGGCGGGAUUGCUCACGUCAUUUAAUGUAAGAAGGGCAACAACCAAUGACCUACUUGGUGUCAAAACACUUGUUGAAACCCUUAGCUUGAGUGAAAGGAUAUGGAAUGACUGCAAGAUAUUCACUCAGGCUCGCAGGGAUCCUGAUGGGAUGCCAGUACAGGCUUUUGUAGCAGAAGUUUUGGAUCAAAUUGUCGGUGUUUCUGUCAUUAGGGAUGAAAUGGAUAUCGAGUAUGUUCGAUCACGUUACAACAUUGAAGAUUUUAUUCAUUUUAAUUGCCACCAGCAAGAAGAACAUGGACAUCUUUGCCACUUUGUCUUAAAUCCUGUAUUUCAUCGCUAUACAAGACACUUUCUAAAGGAGAUUCUUCGCUUGGCACACAAAUCUGCUCUUUACUAUCCCAUUUAUCCACAGUAUGUGGAAGGCAAGCUCCAGAGCCCCUGUGCCCAUUCCCUGACAUCUGCCCUUCAUUACAUGGCUCCCGUGCGGCCCAGACGACAGAUUGUCUAUCCUCUGCAAGAGCUUGGCAUGAACGCUCCGUCGGAGCAGCUCUCCAAGGAUCAGUUGAGUUUUUCUUUGAACCUCACAAAUCGAAAGCUGGUGCUGGAAUCUAAAGUGUCUAUCAACACUAGAAUUGUGGUGGUUGGUGCAUCCGAUGUUGGAAUCUCUUUUUUGGAAACACUGGUUUUUUGGCCUCGUCUGAAGUUCAACAACCUGACCUUGAUUUCAGUUCAUGGCCUUCCAGGAAAAGAUCCACCAGGCUCCAAGCGUAGAAGAUUUUUAAUUAACAGCCACUGUUUUAAUGAUGAAGAUUAUGCACAGAUGUCACUUUGUUCCUGGGUUAACGUUGUAGUUGGUAAAAUGACUGGCAUAAAUCGUGCUGCCAAAUACGUAGUUGUUUCCGAGGAGAAGAAAGUGCCAUACGACUACCUAGUGCUGUGCACGGGGCAGAACUACCAGGCCCUGGCUCCCACUGGAGCAGAUAUCAAACUCCCAACUGACAGCCAAGUCAUGAGUGAGUGGCCACAGAGAUACACGGGGAAAAUCCCUUCCAAUCACUUCACUCUCAAUGAUGACCAGGAUUGCUUGUGGGCAGCACACUGGCUGCAGGAAAACCUGGUCAGCUCCAGAGGGAACGUCAUUGUCUAUGGGAAUACAAUUGACAUGUACACCACAGUAGAAACCCUCUUAUCUCUUGGAAUUGAUGGUUCUCGCAUCCACCUCGUGCAGCCCCCGCUCAGCUCGGAUGUUCCCUGUCUCCCCAACGCCGAGGUGGAGGGCGCUGUCCGGGAGGCCCUGGCACAGGCUGGCGUGGCCCUGCACGGGGACAGUGUCCUGGCACAGUGGGGCGAGGGCAGCGACCCGGAGCUGAUCACCUGGGCUGCCUUCACCACUGCCACAACCCCGCUGAAGCUGCAGUGCUCAGCAUUUUUUAGCUUUGCCUACAGGGCAGUGGAUUAUGAAACCUUUAAGGCAGUCAAUGAUGCUUGCCUUGUUUUUGAUGGAAAGCUUGUGAUUGAUGCCAAAUUCUGCACCAAUGAUGUCAGCAUCAGGGCUGCAGGUCCUCUAACAAAGUUCUCCAGGAGAUACUGUAAAGAUGAAUGGACACACAGCAACUUCAACUCCAGAGAGAUUGGCUUUGAGCUUGCUGCCUCCAUGCUGAGUCUCCUUGAUCCAACCCUUCAGCCCCGUUCUGAGCCACCAGAAGGCCCAGACAGACUCAUCCCCAUGUACAAAGGAUGUAAAGUUAAAGGAGGUGUUCUUCCUGGAGGUUAUAACUACUUACACGUUUCCAAACCAGCAGUUCCCACCCGCUCGGACACAGAACUUGCCCAGUGUGACCACGGGACGGAGAUAAUAACUGGAGAGGCAGGACAGGGGAACUACUUCAGGAUGCACUUCAGCAAGUACAAGAUGGUGGAUGGCAUCACCUGCUUUUCCAAGGAACCCUUCCCUGUCUCCAACUACCUGUGCUUGUAUGGACAGCACGAGCGGCUGCUGAACGACCUGUUCUACCGCUGGAGGGCCGGGCAGAUCACAGACCUGUACAGCUACUUCAGGGAACCUUGGUCCAUGGCCAUCUAUCACGAUCGGUUUAUUGAUCUCCAGAAGGAGCUGCGCCAAAUCCUGAUGUCGGAACAGGUGCCCGUGCAGUCCCCCGCCGCCGAGCACAGCCCCGGCCCGCCCGCCCUGCGGGAGCCCAUCCUGCGCUUCCUGCGCCGCCACCGCGCCCACCUGCCCAUGUACGCCCCGACCGACACCUACGGACCCCUGCGGACCCGGCCCGCGGCAGGCAGCGAGGCAGCGAGGCUGGGCAGAGCUGGGCUGGGCAGAGCUGGGCACUUCAGCAUCGGCGGCGUUGGGAGCUGCGACCCUUCCUCGGAGCACGCCCUCCCAACACGGUAACGGGGACGUUAUUCCCAACAGCCAGGGCUGGUUAAAUCCCCUGUUCCUCUUGGAAAAGAAUGUCUCUUUUCAAGCACUAAUAAAGCCCCUUUGCAGCUCUGAAGGUGAGGGUGCGUACAGCCCGGCCCAUUCCCACGCCCGACUGAGGCUUGCCAGCCUUUUUUAGGGCCCAGGGAAGGUGACUGACAGGGAGGAUUUAAAGCAGAGCAGAGGCUCUGCCGGUGCUGCAGGGGGUGCUGGGCCAGGGCCAGGGGAGAGAAGGGACAUGGCUUGGCUGAAGAUCAGAACAGGUUCUGCUUCCUCAGGGUACGGGACCACGGUGUUGUUUUAUUAUCUCAUUUUACAGUUUUUCUUACUAAAUUGCCUGUAUUGCAACACCAGUGCAAAGACAAAUGUGAGGAAAAUGCUGUACAACUGGGGGGCUGAGCUAGGAGGUUUUUGUUUAGUUAUAUGCACACAGAAGAAAUUCAGAAUUUAUUACAUACAAUACAUUAUAUUUUACAUUUGCCCCAUCCAUGGAAAUAUUCUGGGCCAGGUUGGAUGGGGCUUGGAGCAACCAGGUCUAGCAGAAGGUGUCCCUGCCCAUGGCAAGGGAGUGGAACAAGAUGGGCUUUAAGGUCCCUUCAGAAUCAGAGAUUCUGUGAUAAAGUAAAUAUAAAUAAUAUAUUCCUUUUAUAGCAGUAUAUCCUAUAAUCUGUAAAGGUAUACUUCAGAAUAUGUAGUCCAGUGUAUAUUACACACAUUAUAUCAAUGCAUAUUAUAUUAUACAACAUAUACUGAUAUAUAAUGUCUGGUUUAUGUUGUCUAUCAGACAAUGCAUAUUAGAAAACAUUAUGUCCAGUACAUAAUAUCACAUAUGCAUUACAGAUAAUUAGUGGUACGUUGCCAGUAUUGCUGUAGUGAAACACCACUGUCUCACAGAAUGCUUUCUGAGCUCUGCAGCCACGGGCUGUGUGCUGUGGAGGACAGAGUGCACUGCACAGUGCACGGGGGGUGUGCAGGUGCAUACAUGUGCACAGCUGGCAUAUGCACCAUACCUGCAUGUCAGACAUGACCUAAAAUAGUAUUAUUUAUUGUAUGUACAUAGUGCAUUGAAUAUUCCGUGAUGCACAUUAUAUGUGUGCAAAAUAUUGUAUCGUGUAUUAUAUUACACGUUCUUUAUGGAGUGUUAUAUAGGAUUCACAUGUUGCUGAUGUGAUUUACACAAUUUUCUUAUGCAGUAUGCUGUUAUUUAGAAUGUACAUAUAUAUGCACACAAUAUUACGGUUCGUAUAGUAAUGUUGUAGUUUAUGUAGUGCUAUGUACAUAGAGCUACGUUAUAUGCCAGGGAUGUGUGCAUAUAUAGAUAUAUGCAUAUAUAAUGUAUAUGUAAUAUGUUGUAUGUACGUAACCUGAACCCCCUAGUUUGAUAAAAUUGUUAAAUUUAUAUUGAAUAUCAAUAUUCUAAAACAAGUCUUAAUAAGAUAAAAUAUACAGUGCAUAUAUGGUAUAAUACAUUGUAUGUUAUAUAAUGCAUAUCACAUUACAUAACUUGUAUUAUACGAAGGUUAUAGAUUGCACGUAUUAUGCUUAAUGUAAUAACAUAUACACAUUGUAUCUGUGUGUAUUUGCUAGCUAUAAUAUAUACACUAUCCAGUUUAAACAUAUAGACAUACACAAUGUAAAAUGUUAGAUAUAUAAUUAAACAUACUAUAGCACAUAACAGAUCAUGAGAUACAUAACAUGUUAUAUAUAGAGAGAGCACAUUAACAGAUGUAGAAAUAAGAUAAUACACAUGAACAUGGUAGGCAUCCUCCUAAGGCUGGAAAAGAGUGGAUUUAGAUGGGAUAUUGUGAGGAAAUUCUUGGCUGCGAGGAUGGGGAGGUGUCCUGGCACAGGUUGCCCAGAGAAGCUGUGGCUGCCCCAUCCCUACAAGUGUCCAAGGUCAGGUUGAAGCAACCUGGUGGAAGGUGUCCCUGCCCAUGGCAGGGAGUGGAAUGGAAUGGGCUUUAAGGUCCCUUCCCGCCCAAACCAUUCUGCGAUCCCACAGUAAGUAUAAACCAGUUAUAUAGUAUUUUAUUUUUUAUUUUCAUAAUUAUUAUUGUCAUUUUUGUGCCUGCUGCCGCAGCUGGUGGGGCUGGGGGUGCCUUGGCCCCGUGUUCCUGCCCCGUGCUGUGCUGGGCUGGCUCCGUGCCCACCCUGUGCCCACCUGCUGACAGGGGAUGGGUCCCCACGGCUGUGCCAGCCCCCAUCCUGGGGUGCACAGGCACCGCCCGGCCCAGGGAUGCCAGUGCAGUGAGUGAGCACUGUGACCCCGUGUCCGGCUCCCGCCUCCUCUCCAGUUCCACAGGAGGGUGGCAGGUGCUGGGCCUGGGACAGGGAUCCUCCUCAGCAAAGGUGGGUGGAAGCCGUGUUCCCAAGGACAGUUAUUUCUGCAAUCUGCCUCAUCUGGAGCCAGCUGCAGUGACUCUACAUUUCUGACGAGAGCACCUGAAAGCAAUUGAGGAGAGAACUUUGUUGUCUCUCUUCAGCAAAGGAACAGAGAGUUCCAAGUGUCUUUUCUGACACUGCAUGUGCAGCCCCCUGCAUUUCCUUAAGGAAUAUCUCAAUAGAAUAGAAAAUCACCAUUAGAAACAUCUUGUUUUUAAUGCUGAUGCACGUGGCUGGGCCACAGGGGAUUGCAGGGAAACAGGUUAUGGACAGUGGCCUCUGAGGGUCCCCGAGGGUCGAUCAUUGUGCUCAGCAACCACUGAGCCCCCUCAGCGCCGUGGGAAGGGCCAGGCUGGCAGGAGGUGCCCACCCUGCAGGGGUGGCAAGUGGCACUGCUGCUGGUGCAAACGGCACCCUGUGGGGUGAGCGGGGGUGUGACCGUGUCCAGUGCCUGUGUCAGUCACGGUGUGACACGAACACCCCACGAGCACUCGAGCCUGGAAACGCCGUUGCUGGUUCCACACCGGGCAGCCAGUCCUGCAGCCGCGGCCUCAGUGCUGAGGGACGGCAGAGUUUGUGCCGGUGCCGCCGUCACCGCGCCGUGUCCCGCAGUGACCCUUCCUGCUCCGUGUGAGCCAGCCCUGCACACCCACGGGCCCAGGCAGCUCCACUCAGCAGCAGCAGGGUCGAGAGCCACCACCCCCUCCCCAGAGGCAGAGCUGAGCGCCAGACCGGACCCAACACCUCCCACCCACCACCCAGGUAAGCCCUUCUAUUGCUCUGUGGGGACAUUUAUUGUGAGCAAAGAUUUAUUAAGUUUGUGAGGGGCAACAGAGCGGCUUUGUCAUCCACAUCAGGGUGCAAAACCACAGCUGAGUUUAUACAAAUUAAUAGGCUUUUGACAUCAGGAAAACACUAUUUCAUCAGUGUUUUAAUUUCUCCCUGAAUUAGAGAUGCAUAUUGCUCUAACAAGAAAUGGCUCCUUACUCAGAAGGAUGCCUUUGAAAUUGUUUCAGACCAGCUAUUGGAUAACUAAGGGUCAGACAGCCCUGCCUGUCCAGCCCUGAAAGUAAAAUAAAUUAAAAUACACCUUUUAUUUUCUAAGUUCCUUCAACAACACAAAAACAGUAGAAAGCAAAACCCAAAUGUGAGGCAGAAAAUCAAACCAGCCAUCCAAGCCCUGAGUGACGGAGGCUCCUUCCCGCAGCUGUGUUGGGUGGGUUCCUGUCAGCUCCACUGGUUCUGGCUCCUGCUCCCGGGGCACUGGGGCCUGGGCACAGAUCCCACAGCGGAGCAUGGAGCCACCUGGGCACCACUGGCUGUGGCUGGAACAGCGUCCUGCGUGCACAGCGUGGUCCCGGGCUGGCAGACGGACAGACAGACGUAACACCAGGUACAAGUGCAAAAACAAAUGCCCAGUGGGGCAUUUCCCAAAAAUGCAAUCCCUUCACUUAAAGCAACUCCCAUUUCAUUGGGAGGUGUGCGUGGGAGUAUCCAGGAGCGACCGAACACCAGCAGGACAUGGAUCUGUGGCUGUGAGAUCUCAGAUUUUUGUUGUUUUUAUAACACUGGGGAUUUACCUACAAAAAUUGUCACCCCUAGAAACCUACCACACGUGGAGACCGAAACACAUCACCUACUGACAACAUGAGCUCUGCUCACUACACCAGGUGCCAGGAGGACACUGCACGUCCUCAAAAGCCUUCAGAUGUGCUGUCCUCUGGCUAGAGGUGGGUCACAGCCUGCUGCCCUGCUGGGACACAGUGAAGGGGUUACCCAGUUCUUCACUCUGUGCUGGGGAGGGUCGUGGCAGGAGUGUGGCUUUUGUGUUCUAGGGAGUGGUUCAGUGUGCAGCCGUCACAUGCCAUGGAGGGGCCACAGUGCUCCUGCAGUGGGACAGCACAGGGAGAGCAGGGACAGCACAGACUGGAGAGCUGCUCCCUCUUCCACCUGUGCUCCCAAGGGGAACAUGUGCUACCUGGCUAGUCACAGGAAAACCUCUAUUUAGACAGAAUUCCCUAAUGCACAGGUAAGUGCUGCAUGGAAUGACUAAAGCGAUGCUCUAAGGGUACACUGGAUAACUGGCUUCAGUGCUGGUUCAUGACCCGUAGCUGUGGUGCCAGUGCCUGUGCCCAGGGGCUUGGGGCCCUUGCUCAGCCAGUGACAGCACCUGAUCACCAGCUACCUCUGUCCCGGUCAGGGAACAGCAGUUUUACAGAGCAAAGCCCUCGUCCAUCCCCUUCCAGACGAGCUCCCCCCAAAGUGCCCGUUCCGUCGCUCCCCUGGCCGGAGCUCUGUGUCCCGGAGCUCAGCUGGAAGCCUUGCUGAGAGCGCUGGCGGAGCGGCGGAGCUUCCCGGAGACUCUGCUCCUGGAGGCACGUGGCAGCGUGGGCGAGGGCGGCUCCGCCAGCUCGAUGCCGAUGGUGACAGUGAGGUCAGCGCUUGCACUUGUGGUGAGGCAGCCUGGAACACAGAGCGGGCAGGGAAAAACCAGGUCAGGACAAAAGAGCCUGUGUGCCUUGGAAUAACCGCAUGGCACAGCCCCUCCCCUCUUCCCAGUUCCUCCUCGGCAUCACUCAGGUGAACCUGACAUUUACAGGAGGAAUUUGGCCAGGCACCUGAGGAACUGCUAUAUACUGCACUUCCUGGAGAAAUCAGUGAGGAGCAGCCAGGCUGUGACAGGCCUCAGUGCCCAGUCUGUUACAGGGAGCUGGAAACGAGCUUCCCCAGCAUGAGGACUCGCACAAAACUCCUGGAAGAUGUCUGGUGUCUCUGAUAAAAAAGCCCUAAAGAAUCACAAUUUCUUCCAAUUUCACUCCGUGACAGGACACCAGGUACCCUCAUUACUGGUGGCUCACCCUAGAAGGGUCUCUGGGAGCCUGGGGGCUACGGGGUGUCACCUGGGGUUACACUUUGUUGUUCUACAGUCUGGAGUUCCACCUCAUUUAUUCCCCAUAGGCCAGUACAACCAGAGGCUCGGGCUGGCUGAGUGGGAGCAGGUGAACACAGGGCCUUUAACUGAGACACAAAUGACCAAAGCCAGGUGCAGCUGCUCCCAGGGACACACCCUGCCUGCUCCUGCUGCUGGGGGUCUGACCUGUCCCAAGGUGCUUCCCAGAGGAACACCAUUUCAUCAGCUCCCUUGGGGAACAGUAUUUUUAAACCGUGUUGCAAUUCUCUCCCGAAGUGUAAACACAAGUUUUUUCCUACAGGUGGGAGGGAAGAACAGCCUUGCAGCCAGGUGAGGAGGGUGAAGGGAGGCUCUAAGCCCACACCAAAGGCCAGUGCCGGUGCCACUCCCUCUGAACUCCAGGGGGAUGGUUGUGUUUGGCAGCACAGACCUAUUUCCAGUUCAACACCUGGCUCCGUUCUCUGCCUGUGCCUUUAUUUGCUGUUAGUUCCUGUGCCUGGCCAGUCCAGGGCUCUUUAAUCCUCCCCUCACCUUUCCUAGCCCGGGUGACUCCCAGACAUGCACAAAACACCCCAAAGCCUGGGCAGGGCCUUGGCUGAGCUGCCCCUCGGGCACAGGUGAGCAGGGCAAGCCUUGCCCUCCUGGACAGGUGGGGAUGAGGCCGCGGGUCAGUGCGGUGGCAGGAUGAGCCCUGCCCCUGUCCCAGGACAAAGACCCACGGGGGCUCUGCUGCGCUUUCAACACGAGGGGUGACCUGUUCUGCUUCAGCAGCUCUGGGUUAUUUGAGCGACUCAAAGCAGGAGUGCAACAGCAGCAGCCAAACCCAAAGUGUGAGCCCCCUCAGCCAGCCUACAGCCCCCGUCUGCAUCUCAAAGACAGCCAUUACUUACCAGAUUGGUACUUCCACACAACUGACUGAGGGGAAAUAGCACAUUUUAAAAAGGUGGAAAAUGUGACUUAGCCUGUAAAGGCAUUUUCUGUGAAAAAUUCGGAGCUGUCAGUUUUGGAUUAAAAACAAAACCUGUGGUGCUGCUGGCUGGGGAGAAAAGUGUGGGGGAGGGAAGGGCUGCGAGGGAGGUGUCGUACUUGACAUUCCUGCAGUGUGGCAGAAUGGCAGAUGGUCAAAAUAGUGCUGUUUUCCCCAAAUGGACGAGCUGAAGCAACGCUCAUGUGAGGGCUGAACAAUGGCUGAUGCCUGUGACAAGGGGGCAGGUGGGGCUGUGGCCAGGCACACCUAGGCCAGGAGCACCCGCAGCACAUCCGCCUUGGAGCCGGAGCAUUCCGACAGUCCCAGCUUCCUUCUGGCACGUCCCGAGCUCUGCAGCCCACCUUGCAGCUCCCUGAAAGCGCCGUGACUGAUGGGGAGGUGGCAGCUGCGCAGUGAGCAAGUGACAACCGCCUGGAGAAAGGCUCCCAUACCCAGUGUUCCCAUUCCCCUCGUAGGCAGGCUGGCACAGGCUCUAAUGACUUGGCCGCCUUGCCAGGGGAGCUGCGGAGUCGGAGAGGGGGCUCUGCGUGCUCGGCUGCGCCCAUGGUCGGUGGUGGCUUGGGGUUGGGAUGCUCCUGUGCUAUGGAGGAGGGUGUUUGCUCCCUCACUGUUGUUUGUUUGGGAGUGUGCCUGGGCAAUGUGAAAUUACCAGCAGUGAAAACCAAACAGCAGCUUGUAAAUACAAAAUAGUAAAUGAUAAGGAAACCACAAACACCAGUUUCUGACUCUCAUGGACCAGUGGAGCCCUUAAAAUUCAGAACUCAUCCAAACAAGUGGAAUUUACACAGAGAGAAAAAAGCUGCCCGGCAGCUGCUCCCUGCCUGUCGCACGGGUGAACAUGGUGGCAGGGGCAGCCCCACACAGCUCUGUGGGCACUGGGGACAGUGGCCAGCGUGGCUCCUGGCUCAGUGCCCGUGGCUGUCCCAUCCCUGGUCACACACACCACCAGGCCCUUCCCUCAGUGCCCGUGUCCCUGUGCCCGGCAGCGGGGCCCACGCGGGGCUCGGGGCGCGCAGAGCCAGAGCGGGCAGGGACAGCCAGAGACAGAGCCAGAGGGGCCCAGAGCCACCCCGGCCGCACGCUGAGCAGAGGAGGAAGAGGAGGAGGAGGAGGAGAGCUGUCAGAGGUGAAGCACAGCGGCAGCAGCAGAGGGGCCUGCGGGAAGCGUCGCUCUUACCUGCGGCCAUUAACGAGAGCGUUACACACUCUAAUCUAAAGGGAGAGAACACAAAACCGUGUCAGUGCAGGAGCAGCACACCCGGGACCCGCUGCGCCAACGGCAGCCUGGCACGGCACACACCGGCACACGCUGGGCACCGGCAGAAGGGCAGCUCAGGAAGGAGAGUUCCCCUCAGCCCUCGGGGACCUGGAGAAACGGGGACCCACACGCUUCCUUCUCGGGUCUGUGGAUUGAAACAGUCAAGGGAGGGAAUGCUGGCAAAAAUGGGAAUGAAUAACCAUUGCACUUCAGCUUUUGCCAAACGAGCUGCCAUGGGACGGUGGGUGCAGCUGCCUCGGCUCCACCUCCAGCACCGUUGCUGGUCACACCAUUUCAAACUGUGUAAGAUUUGAGGCUUCACAGAGACCUAAACCACUGGGACACUGCAGGCAGGUUAAAAACCCAGGAAAUGAGCAGUGUAGGGUCUCUUACAGGUGAGGCCUGGUGAGGGAGGCUUAAGAUUUUAAAAUAAGUUCUUUGCAGGAGGGGAUUAGAAAUAGAGUUAGGAAUAUAGAUAAAAACACACUUUAAAUGAAAUUGUUUUGUGGGAAACUAGAGAGAAAUGGCUUAUUGCAUCUCAAAUCCACCAGAGAGAACAAACCUCAUUUCUCAUGCCCUGCCUUGCCAGGGUAGGUGCUCUAGGAAUGACCUUUCAGCCAUUUCUCUCCUCCUGAAGUAGCUGAACACCUCUGAAAGCAAGGGUGGGUCUCCAUGACCUGUAAGGAUCCCGAAGCCUUGUAUUUGAGAAGACCCAUGAAGUUGUCACAUGGGCUGUGACCUGUUCCAGCCCCCCAUUAACCUGUCAGCCAGGACAGGGCUCUGGAAAUCUUUGUUUUCCUUCCUAGUAAAUGUGAAGGUCAGAAAAUUCCAGAGAGAAUCACUGUAGUAAAUCUGCCCAGUGUUCCUGCUUCCCACUUCCAAGGACAGGCUCAAAGUACACUGUAAGCAGCAUCCUGAGCCUGCGUGGAAGAAGUCAUCGAUAACUGAAGCAGUGGCUGUGCUAAUCAAACACGUCCUGCAGUGCCUUGGAAAGCUCUAAGUGAAGCAGUAAGAGAAUCUCAAACUACAGGUUAAUCAGGGGCAGAAUCACCCCUAAAAUAGCAUUCACAGUUUCCAGGAGGGAGUGCCUGGCACUGUCACAGGCCCAGCCUUGACGGUUUGAGGGAUUUGGAAAUAAACCCUAAAUGUACACAUCGAAGUUCAAUUAGUCAGGACUUGGAGCAGCCGCUAAUUAGUUCUGCACGGAUUGGCCUCAACUUCAGCCAGGGGGAGCGUUGGGGGUUUUGGGGGUGUCACAGGUGGGGCAGCCCAAGCCCCUGGCCCACGGCCACAGGACAGCUCUGCUCCAGCUCUGCUCCAGCUCUGCUCUGGCUCUCCAUGGCCACCAAGCCAGUGCCUCAGUGCAGAGGGAAAAUGCAAAGGGGCCACAUUGCCCGGAGCCUUCUCUGAGCUGACAGCUCGAGCAGCUGGAGCUGUCACCCAGCAGGAGAGAUGGGCCUGUCAAGCUCAUAUUUUCUCCCAUCCCAGCACUGAUUGCUUGGAGAAACCCUCUCUCUCUGCCUCCUCUCCCGGAGAUCGUAGCUGGGGGAGCUCCCUCUGAGCCAAUCAAUUACAUGGAAAAGGCAGGGGCCCAGGCUGAGAGCCCUAAUGUGCCCCUUCCCUGCUGGAGAUCCCGAGGGAACGCCAGGCUUGAGGGAGAAGCAGCCCCAGCACCUGCCCUGCCUCGGGGACAGGUCGGCACAGGGAAAAUGACCCCUGUGCCCAGAGCAGGCGGCCGCUGCUUUGCAGGGAGCUGCAAAGGAAGGAUGCAACUUCCCUAGGGCUCUGCAGGGAUCCAGACCCUCCAGAGCCAGGCCUGUUCAGCCACAGGAGCUACGGGGGGACAGAGCUGCUGCCCCAACAAUUCGUGGUAACUUGUGACACUGCUCUGUUUAAUGCCAGACCAUUCCUGCCCCUCACAGGGACACUAAGGUGGCAGCUCUGUGGAUGAGGGCAGGAAAGCCACAGAGGGAACGCUGGUAACAGAGAGCACAGGGGCAAGGAGCAGCUCCCGAAUCUGCCCCCGAGGGCAGCCCAGCAGCGGCUGGGACAGAGGCUCCAGUCUGCUCAGGAUGUGGAGCUACCUGGAUUAAACAGAGAGGGAAAGCCAGACAGGUCCCUGCACCUCCUCCUGAAUACUCACAGGGAAGGAGGAGAAGAGAAAGCCAAAUCCUGCCUCCUGUGGUAACUCUUCUGGCUCCCCUGCUCCACCUCCCUCAGCUUUUCCUCUUUGUUCACUGCCUGGACAACCUCCACCACGGCAGCACCUGAGUUCCAUCUCACCUGCUGAGCACGGGCUCCGUGCUAACGACUCAAUUCCCUGUCCUUCCUCCCACAUCCGAGGGACCCGUCCCAGACCAGGGAGGGCUGGGCACGGAGGAUGGAGCCCACAGCUGCCCCUGGCAGACAGUGCCAGCGCUGCCUCCUCUCCUGGCGGCAGUAGCUGAGCCGUGGCUCCGAGCAGCCAGGACAGUCGGGAAUUUCCUGAGUCCCAGGUACUAGAAAUUAAUUGUUCCGUUUCAGGCAACACUGACACAUGGAUCAAAUCUGACCUUGGCACAUGCCGCACGUGCUGUGCUAUCGUGGCACAGCUACUCGCUUUCAGAUGUGUGGUUUUUUACUAUUCCCCAAAACAGGCAGAAAUAUUAUAUAUGCAGAACCCAGAGAGACUUUUGUUCCACCUGUACACAGAUCUGACAAAACACCCUACAAGGAAAACACCUUUUUUCAAGGAAAAAGAUAAAAGCACAAAAAACCCAAAGAAGUAAAAAACAAAACCAGAAAAACCACACCAAAGCAAAAGGAAUCCUGGCUCAUCGUUACAAAGGACCAUCAGUCUGGUUAAUGCAAUAGUUACUCUGGGUUUGGUUUUGUUUCUGUCAAAAAUACAUUUUAAAUCUAGAUGUCAAAUUGAAAUAUUCCUUUCGCUUUAAAGUGGGAAAGAUAAAGCUCAGCACUGACCAAAAAGUGGUUUAAAAUAAACCAGAUCUGGUUCCUUGUACUACAGGAACUUUAUGCAUGUAAAAGUCUUGGAGACAAAAGAAAAGCAUGUGUCACCUUUACAACAAAAAGCCUGCAAAAUCUCGGUUUUAUGUAAAUCAGCAGGCAGGCUCCCGAGGCUUUAAAACCAGGGAAUGCUGAAAACCUCUAUAGUUCCUCAACUCAAGUGUUGCUCCUGGGCAAUGCCAUAAUAUUCAUUAAAGAAUCCAUUUAUCAACAGA